UAUGUCAAAUAUAAUCUUCAACUUGAGAUGAGGCAAAAUAGUAGAGAAGAGAAUGGAGAUACCUAUGAUCCCAUAUGUUUGUCAGAUAUUGAAUCCGAUGAUGAAUGGAUCACCGAAAAGGAGAAUCCUUGCUUGCCUAUUGAUGCCUCAUGGAUGGAUGUACAUGAGUGCUUUGGUGUUGAUGAGGGAGCUCCAAAGAAGAAAAGAAAGAGAGGUCCAAGAAACUUGAAUGCCAAGAUUGGUAAGGAAAAAUCAAUAAUAGAAGAUGAGGAUGAAAUUGAAGAUAAUGAAGAAGAAGAAGAACUUUUGAUAUUAGAAGAUGAAGAUGACUUGAGUGAUGUAGAUCUUGGGGUUGGGGAUGAUGAAUGAUCUUGGAUAGGAGCA